AUGGCUAAAAAUCCAGCCCUUCAACAGGCAUAUUGUGACUUCAUGAAUGAGUACGAGUCACAAGGUCACAUGGUCAAAGCAUCACCUGUUGAAGACCAUUCUAGAUGCUAUUACCUACCACAUCAUAGUGUCAUCAAAGAGUCGAGUACAUCAACAAAGUUGAGAGUUGUAUUUAACGGUUCACAAAAGACAAAUACUGGUGAAUCUUUAAACGACAACUUGUACGAGGGUCCCAAGUUAUUGAAUUCUUUGGUGUCUGUACUCACACAAUGGAGAGCAUAUCAGUAUGUUUUUUCGUGUGACAUACGACAAAUGUUCAGACAGAUCAUCAUCCAUCCUGAUGAUCAAAAGUAUCAAAGAAUUCUUUGGAGACAUACACUCGACUCACCAGUUCAAGAGUACGAAUUAACAACCGUAACAUAUGGUACCAAACCAGCACCAUUUUUGGCUUUGGCUACUUUGAAGCAACUUGAACUGGAAGAGGGAGAUAGGUUUCCGUUGGUUAAAUCAGCUAUUUCACAAGGGUCAUAUAUGGAUGACAUAUAUGUUGGUGCUGAUAAUAUACAACAAGGGGUUGACAAGGUGGUACAAAUACAACAAAUGCUUCACUCAGGUGGCUUCGAGCUGAGGAAAUGGAUAAGUAACUCGAGUGAGUUAUUGAGUAAAAUUCCAGUAGAAUUUCAUGAGAAAUCAUCCACCUCGAGUGAUAGUAAUCAAGUUUUCAGGACACUUGGUCUCAAUUGGGAUACAACAGCUGAUUGUUUUAGUUAUAUUCCAAUAGUAUAUAAAGAACCUAAAGCAAUCACUAAGAGAGUCGUCUUAGCACAAGUGGCUCAACUAUUCGAUCCACUUGGUUGGAUAUCACCAGUCAUAGUUAAGGGUAAAUUAUUUAUGCAAUCUUUAUGGAAGAUUAAGCUUGACUGGGAUGAGCCAAUUCCUGAAAAUUUAUUGGGUCCAUGGAGAGACUUUGUCUCUCAACUGAGUCAUCUAUCUGAGAUAAAAAUACCGAGAUGGUUGAAUCUCACACCAACAGUUUCAUCCAUUGAGAUUCAUGGAUUUGGUGACGCUUCUGAUGCAGCAAUUGGGGCUGUAGUGUACUUGGUGUCUAUUGAUACUCUUGGUGUAGCCAAGAGUAAUAUAAUAGCAUCAAAAUCGAAGCUAGCACCUAUUAAGGCCGAAUCCAACAGCUCCAAUAAAACUAGAGUAAAAGUUUCGACACCGAGAUUGGAGCUGUCAGCCGCAGUGCUGUUGGUGAAAUUGGUGAGAGAUAUUCAACAGAGUUUGGGUUGUCAGUCAGCAAAGAUACACUUGUGGACUGACUCAUCCAUCACUUAUUAUUGGAUCAAAGGCGACGCUAGUCGUUGGAAAACCUUCGUCCAUAACAGAGUAGUAUUUAUAAAAAAUACACUCACACAGGCAACCUGGCAUCAUGUGCCAGGUGAGGAUAAUCCAGCUGAUAUCGUAUCACGUGGUACAUCAUCAUCACAACUGCAUACAGACUCGUUGUGGUGGCAGGGUCCAGCCUGGAUUAUCAAAAGUCAAGAUUCAUGGCCUGUGUUGAGUAACCCAGAGAUAGACAUGACUCAGGUUGAAGAAAAGCCAUUAAUUUGCAAUGUGACGUCAACCAGACGUGAAGAAUUUUUGGACAACUUCUCGUCAUUGGUCAAAGCUGUUACAGCAGCAGCUUUGUGGAGAAGAUUUUAUCAGAGUUUCUCGUUGAAAUACCCUGUAAAUAAAUCUUCUUAG